AUGCGCGAUCGGGGCUGGAUCGAAAAGAUAACCCCGAAAACGAAGCGUUUUCACUGUGGCGCGAAAUCAGACGCCAACGACGACGACAUUGACAAAUCAGAUGACGAUCUCGAUGAAGACGAUCUUGAUGAGCGCGAGAUCCUCAUCUCGCGAGCGCUGCGCGACGUGGAGCCCCACCUUCAAUUCGUGCCCUUACAUCGAAUUGAUUUCAAUCACAUUCCCAAGGAAAUUGUGCUCAAUCACUUUCCAAAGGCACAGUUCGUCACCAAAACUGGCUUGACUCUCGCUCUCAAGAACAUGGCCUGGUUCAGUGAUCGCCAUGCGGACGAAUUUUAUCCACGAUGCUACAUACUCGGAGACAAGGAUGAUAAUGCUGCGUUUCAAGACGACUUCCGAACUUGUGCGAUGACGGCCUUCCUAAAGAGUGCCGAGAGACAGAACAAAGCCGUGCAUCAAGAUGAUUACAUUGAAGUCACUCCUCCAGGUUUUGUCGAGGAGUGCUUUUUAGAAUUCGCCCUUGAAAUCUUCCAAAAGCACUUCGAGUUCCAAGAAGAAGGAAGCAUUGCUGAGUCAAUCAUCACGCUUGCAAAGCAAACUUCCAUAAAUAUGGAGGAGGGUGAAAGCACGGAACAGUGGAAUAAGUUCUUAGAAGCCUUUUAUAAAGUCGCUUAUUCUGGAUAUCACAUCGCAGGUGCCAAAGAAAGGGCCGAUGAUAUUUCGAAUGCGCUUUCUUCGUAUUAUAUGCGAAACCCACAAGCCGAAAUUGAAGGCGAGAAGAAUCUAUGGAUCGUCAAGCCUGGUGCAAUGAGCCGAGGUCGGGGAAUCGCUGUCUACAAAAACUUGAAGGAAAUCACGGAUAUUCUUGGGCCUGAUUUGACUGUAAUUGCCAACAACCGCUGGGUGGCGCAAAAAUACAUCGAGCGCCCCUUGCUCAUCAAUGGUGUCAAAUUUGAUAUUCGGCAGUGGUUUCUUAUUACAGGGCAGUGA